ACUGAACAAACGCGUCCAGCAUUUGGUGAAUAGACGCGUUCACACGACGAUCGUGCACGCAACGCAGUUCUUUGUUAUUAUUACAAUGGCGAAAGUACUUUGUCUCUUUGUCAUUGUCCAAAUAUUAGUUUUCACUUUUGUUUUUUCGGAUGAAGUUCCAGUUGAUGACCUACACGACGCAGUCAACCAAGGUUUGGCGCAGGUGGAGUCCAUGUUGGAACUGGAACGUCGGUUGUUUGCUGAAGGACUAACGGUCGAUCGCGGAACUUCGGCUCAUCUUCAUUCGCGGAUGGUGGCCGGUUCGGAACAACAACAGAAUACCGCCCUGAACGCAGCACGAAUUCUAGCAGCAUCAACUCGUUUGAAAAACAAAUUGAAUUGGAGCGCAGACGAGGCUAGGCGUGCCCUACCUCUAUUGUCAUUAGACAACACGCUGCUGAAAAAUUCCUGCCCUGAGUCUAUCACCUGUCCGCCAGCCGAUUCCAUCAAGUACCGAAUUAUCGACGGUUCUUGCAACAAUCAAGCGCGUCCCGACUGGGGCAAAGCGAACACGCCCUUUCAACGAGCCCUGCCCGACGCCUAUGCUGACGGAGUUUUUGAACCGAGGGAUUCUUCUGGCCCUACUCCGCUUAAAAGUCCGAGGUUUAUCAGCACUUCGUUCAUCAAACUGGGCGCAACGACCGCAAACGAUUUCACUUUAAUGCUCAUGACUUGGGGGCAAUUUAUUACUCAUGAUAUCACCAAAGCAUCUUCGUUUACUUCAGCUGACGGUAAGACACCUCAAUGUUGCAAUGUUACCAGUGGCCAGCCACUCAAUCCGGAAUACUUGCACCCAUUUUGCCUUCCGAUUGAUAUUCCUGCGGAUGAUAGUUUCUACCAGCAAUACGGCCAAACUUGCAUGACAUUUGUCCGUACUCAAAUCGGCGCUGACUAUAGUUGCUCACUCGGACAUGCCGAACAGUUGAAUGGCAUCACUCAUUGGUUGGACGGCUCGAUGAUUUAUGGCAGCUCGUCAUCUGAAUUGGACAGUCUACGACUUGGCCGAGGUGGUGAACUUAAAAACUCGACUAGUGGUGGCAUGGAACUGUUACCUGUCAGGCCUAGCUGCUCAGAUGCUACUUGCUAUUACGCUGGUGACGUUAGGGCUCAGGAGAAUCCUCAAUUGGCCACUGUACACACUCUGAUGAUGCGCGAACAUAACCGCAUCGCUAGAGCGUUGUCACAACUUAAUCCUCUAUGGAGUGAUGAGGUCAUUUUUCAGGAGACUCGACGUAUCGUUAUUGCUCAACUGCAGCACAUUACCUACACUGAAUACUUGCCUGCCAUGUUGGGCGAGCAGGCCAUGCGGGACUAUAAGUUAACUCCAGCCGCAGUGGGAACGUACGCUCAAUACGAUGCAGCAACUGCAGGAGAUCCGUCGGUAUGGAACGAAUUUGCAGCCGCCGUCUUUCGCGUUGGUCAUUCCCAAGUGCAGGGAAAUUUGGUCCUUUAUGACUCCAAUGAUGUAGCAGUGCAGGAUCAAACUUUUACGUUAAGUAAUUACUUCUUCGACGCUUCCAAAUUGUCUGAGCCUGGAUUUAUCGCCAAUGCCACCCGAGGUUUGACGAAACAAAUGCCGCUCGCCAUCAACCCCGAGUACACUUCCCAGUUGACCAACUACCUGUUCAAGGGGUCGAAAGCUUACGGAAUGGAUUUGGUGGCGUUAAACGUCCAACGUGGCAGAGAGCACGGAAUUCCGGAUUACAACACCGUUCGUGUGUUUUGCGGUUUACCCAAAGCCACGAACUUUGAAGACUUGGCCAACGAAAUCGACCAAACGACAAUUGACAGUUUGAAAACUGCUUACGAGUCUGUCGACGACAUAGACUUGUACAUUGGAUGUUUAGCUGAAUCUUCUCGUCCUGUAAAUGGAUCUCUUCUGGGUCCUACUGGACUCUGCAUCGUGGCCAGGCAAUUUGCCGUCACCAAGAACAAUGACCGUUUCUUCUACGAUGUUGGUAACCAGCCCGGUUCACUGAUAAUCGGCCAAUUGGACGAGAUCAGGAAGACUAGUUUGGCUCGUAUUUUGUGCGACAAUAACAAUGGAGACGUAAACACCAUGCAGCCAAAAGCAUUCCGAGCUCCGAUUGCGACAAGCAAUAACGAGAGACAACAAUGUAGUUUAAUUCCUUCCAUGAACUUGACCUUAUGGAAGGAUCCUAAAGCCACACCUAGUAAAGCUAGUAUGGUACUACCAUCGAUUCUGGCCAUAUCAUUCAGCGCAUUGCUGUUGAUUUAAUUCUUUUUUUUGCAAACUAAACUGAACAUUUAAACAUUUUUUAAACGACAAAAGCUUGACAAUCGCAUUAUUACGGCAACAGAAAUAUAGCCUUAAAGGCUUUGGUUUUUAGAAAUCAUCUGUCGCACUUGAUUCCACCAUUACAUCGAUCCUACUAAAUAACUAUUAUAUCGGAAAGUAAUACAGUAAGUGAUAGCACUUUGUCAUAUUACAA